CAGCGGUGCAAGAGGAAUCAUCAAAUAAAUAACGUGCGUCCCGAGGAUGAGGAGAGGCAGUUUCCCGAUGUCUGUCACCGCGAUUGUGACCCUACUCCUGGUUAUUAUCGACGUGAAAGCCAGCGGGGAGUAUUGCCACGGCUGGCACGACAACCAGGGCGCGUGGAAGGAAGGGUUCCAGUGUCCAGAGAAGAUCGAUGGACAGGAUGCCAUCAUCUGCUGCGGGAAAUGUGAGCUUCGCUACUGCUGCUCCAGCACCGAGGCGCGGCUGGAUCAGGGGAGCUGUGACAACGACCGGCAGGCUGUGGCGCCCGGGCCCGGGAAUAAAGAGGACAAGGACAACGGUGCAGUGCCCAUCUAUGUGCCCUUCCUGAUCGUGGGCUCCGUGUUCGUGGCGUUCAUCCUGGUGGGCUCCGUGGUGGCCGUGUGCUGCUGCCGCUGCCUCCGCCCCAAACAGGAACUCUCCUCAGGGGGGGCGUCAGGAGGAGGGUCCGGCGGGGGUCGCCUCCUGGAAACCAUCCCUAUGAUGUCCAGCGCCGGGACCUCCAGGGGUUCCUCGUCCCGUCAGUCCAGCACAGCCACCUCCUCCAGCUCCUCUGCUCCGCCCGCCGCCCCCCGCAACGUCCCCCCUCCUCUCAUGCGGGCCCAGGCCUCCUGCUGCCUCCCCCCGGACGCCAGCGUCUUCGUCAACAUGCCCACCAACUUCUCCGUGCUCAACUGCCAGCAGGCCACGCAGAUCAUGCCCCACCAGGGACAGUUUCUGCACCCGCAGUACAUCGGGUACGCCCACCCGGCCGCCACCUUCAUGGACCCCACUCAGGGGGGGUACAGACCCCUGCAGUCCCCCUGCCCUCCUCCCAACAUGGGGUGCAGUGUCAACAGUGAGCAGAAAUACCCUGCAGUGACUGUGUGAGGAGACCACUCUGUUGGGAAGUUGAACCUGAGGGGGGAGGGGGGGGGGGGGCCGCACCAGAGACUUUUACAGUGGAAGAGAAGCUCACAUGAAGGACUGGUAGAGCUGCUGCUGGCUGCAGGGCCCACCUUGUGUGUUGUGUGUGUCUGUUUAGUGUCAUGUGAUCUCCUGACUGAGAUGAUGGAUGCAUAAACAAUACUUCUGUCUCGCAUAAAGGAGGAUUUACUGCCCAGGUGGGCCAUCGUGCACGGCUCACUCAAAUAAAUCUGUGAGAAAAGAUUCAGAAUGAGUGAUGACCGGAUGAUUUAUAGCAGCGAAAUGAAAAAACAAGUUCUGACCACAUGCUGUUCUCAUGCCAUCAGCACUUGUUCAGACGCUCGGUGUGUUUGUUUGUGUUGAGCGUGUCGGAGAUGUUUGUUCUGUAUGUGAGAGUGAGUGGGGAGUGCGGAGGGAUGUGGUCCAGAGUAACUGUGAGUGUGUAAUGGGAAAUGCAGGUGGUGUGAUGUGAAAGGCAGUCGCCAUCUCCCUGCAGACCCUUUAAACUGUAAUGAAGUGAGCACAGGACGUAGACUGUGACGCUCCACCCUGCCAUACAACCCCCCCAAAACCAAAGAACCCUCCCAAACCAGAGCAGAAACACAGAAAAUUUAAAUAUUCAGCCAAGACUCGCAGUUAAUGUACCUUGAAAGUGAGAGGCAGGUUAAUUAUACAUUGAAAACUGCCCUCAGAGGUGUGUGUGUGCAUUUAACACUGCCAGAGUUCAGUGUGUUAGCUCAGGGCAGCUCUGACUCAUUAUUUCCCACUUAAGAAACGGCACAGAAAUGGCACGUUUCAGGCUUUUUAAUCCAAGAAAAAUAAGUCUCUUUGCUCUGUUGUGCAGCUGGGUCACUGGUGAUUCAGUAACAUGCAACCUGAGGAAUGUGCUGCUCCACUGAGCUGCAGCCUGUGAUGUCCCAAAGAACUGAAACUGUGUGUGUGUUCCUCAUCUAUACGACCGAGCACCAUGUCUGUAACACACCACCGACAGAUGUAUGAAAAGUGAUCCAAUUUGAUGUCAUUUUUCAUGAAUUCAAAGAAAAUAAACAACUUUUAAACAGAAA